GAAAGAGGGCAAAAACCAAAAAACUUGCCGCAAAGAUUCUUUUUAUUUGUUUUUUUUACUGAAAGAAGCUCCUACUUUUCGCGGCCUAUUGCUUACGUUUUUCUUACUUUUUGCCUUUCCCUUUCGUAAUGGCAUGGGCAACAUCAGCCCCGGAGCUAGACUCUCGUCGAAAAUUUCGCUCUCUUCCAGGAAAAAAAGUGGAGUAACGAACUACAGCACGGACGUUCGUAGCGCGCACUUAGUACUAGUGCGGGGAUCUGCAAACACUUUCAUGAUUUCUUGUGCUACCCAUUGUAUUUUCUUGGGGCGCCUCGCGUAGAAGUAAGUUACGAAGAAUGGCUGUGCAGUCUCAUGUAUAGUGUAAGAACUUUUCCUUGCUUAUGCACGGUUUGACUCUUCCAUGAUCAUGUAGAUGUGUAGAUGAAAAACCGCCAACGAGUAAAGCAUCUUCAGGAUCCCCCAUAAAUAGAGGCUCGUCCAUGAAAUUGGAUGACUCGUGUAGACGUCGUUUGAAGAAGAAAGGCUCCGGCUCGGCUCUAUGGCCUCUUCCACACACCAAAGCUGAAAAUAUUUUACUAAACAGUAACUUAAACUUUGUUUGCUGGAGGUGGUGGUGUCAUGGGGUUGUGGCAGGUGAAGGCAUCGAUUUAAUUGGCAGCGGCGAGUCGCACGAAUUAUAGCAUAAUAACACAACACUCCCACUGAAGCGCAAACAAAAAUUGCCCCGAAAGCAAACAACUCAAGGUCCGACUGGUAGGGAUUAAGGUGCUCUACUUCCAGGACGGAAUAAAAAGUAAGCGAUCUCCUAGAAGCAGCAAAAAUACUGAAAUCAUCAAGCCACUACUUAUGUAUGAUCAUAAGCAAAGAGGGAUAUAAUUAUGCCGACCACUCUAGUAGGUGUUUCGUCUUAUGUAUUCGGGGCUGCGCCACGGGCGUCCGCGUUCCGCAAAGAGGGAAUAAAGCCGAACAUAAAGGGGGAAACAUUGAUCUCUUUCAUGCUGAGUUCUUGGAGUUGUUUGUUAAAAAACGCUGCGGUCUAGCGGAUACAUGACUGAAGUAAUUGCAGCAGAAAAAUGUUACUUCGAUGAUUUUUUUCUUUGGAGGAGACUCGGGCUCGUCCAGACGAAGAGUGCUACUACUGGUAACUGGAUUUAUACAGCAUUAUUUUUUCAAUUAUCGACAUCUUCAGCAGGGGCAGCAGCUGUGCUCGCUCGCCAUUUUUUAGUUGCAAAGUGAAGGUGAUUACGCGAACAUGUUGGAAUUUACCUAUGUAUAACAGAUACCACGCAGCUCCACGAUCGCAGAUACAGAGCCAUAUGUAUUACUAUUAUCUUUACUCGUCUACAGUUGAUGUUCGAAUUCCCUGAGCGCAGAAAAGUAUGAAGACGCUCUUCUAGGAUUGAGUGCCACUAGGAACAGCGAUUGCUUUUUGUUUUUCAUCAGCUCUACAGAUACGGACGUGAGCGAUUUUCCAAUUCACUAUGCAUGUCAGAUUCUUCUGUACUUGCUGAAUAAAAUCUGCAUUCUGAGAGUCGAGCGGAG